AGUCGAGAACGCCCCCCUCUGCACUGCGCAAAUUCGCAUCGUCCGGGGGCAGGCAGUGUUUUGAAAUAACACAAGAUGUCUGCCGGAACAGCGCUAACGGCGAACGAGCGUCAUAUUCGAGACAAUAACUACAACAACAAUCUUCCAGAGGACCGAAUGGACGUUGAACUUGACACAGGACACAACGUAACGGACCGGGAAGACUUGGACACUGGAAUACAAGCCACUUGUUCAUCUAACGGCAGUGGCGGGGAGGAGGAUGAGUCGGAGGCCAUUGAUCGGGAAAGAGAAGCCGGGGGCUCGAUUCCUCAGCGCAACGGGGGAGGAGUGUUGUUGGGCAGGGAGCAAGAGGUCUCAGUCGAAAUCGGAGAGACGUAUUUAUGUCAGCGAGCCGACAAGACAUGGCAUUCUGCUGAGGUUAUCCAGUCCAGGCUGAACGAACAGGAGGGCAGAGAGGAGUUCUACGUACACUAUGUUGGAUUUAACAGACGUCUGGAUGAGUGGGUGGGCAAGGCUCGCCUGGCACUGACCAAGACGGCGAAGGACGCAGUGACAAAAAUCGCUGAGGGUGGUGGAGGGGGCGAGCUGGGGGAGCAGCCCGAAAGGAAGAUCACCCGCAACCAGAAACGCAAACAUGAUGAGAUCAACCACGUGCAGAAGACGUACGCAGAGAUGGACCCCACCACAGCUGCCCUGGAAAAGGAGCAUGAGGCGAUCACUAAAGUGAAGUACGUGGACAAGAUCCAGAUUGGAAACUUCGAGAUUGACGCCUGGUACUUCUCCCCAUUCCCAGAGGACUACGGCAAGCAGCCCAAGCUGUGGAUCUGCGAGUAUUGCCUCAAGUACAUGAAGUACGAGAAGACCUUCAGAUACCACCUGUCCCAAUGUCAGUGGAGGCAGCCUCUUGGGAAAGAGAUCUACAGGCGGAGCAACAUCUCUGUGUACGAAGUGGACGGACGCGACCACAAGAUCUACUGCCAGAACCUGUGUCUACUGGCCAAGCUCUUCCUGGACCACAAGACGCUGUACUUUGACGUGGAGCCUUUUGUCUUUUACAUUCUGACUGAAGUCAACAGGCAGGGAGCACACAUAGUGGGAUACUUCUCCAAAGAGAAAGAGUCUCCAGAUGGGAAUAACGUGGCGUGUAUCCUCACCCUCCCACCCUACCAGCGUAGAGGAUACGGAAAGUUCCUCAUAGCCUUCAGUUAUGAGCUGUCUAAAUUGGAGAGUACGGUGGGUUCUCCGGAGAAGCCCCUGUCAGACCUGGGCAAGCUGAGCUACAGGAGCUACUGGUCCUGGGUGCUGCUGGAGAUCCUCAGGGACUUCAGGGGCACGCUUUCCAUCAAGGACCUCAGGACAAUGACCGAAAUCACACCUCCAGGCUGUGUAAGGGCUAUUUGACCAAGAAGGAGAGAGAUGGAGUGCUGCAUCAGAUGACCUGGCCUCCACAAUCACCCGACCUCAACUCAAUUGAGAUGGUUUGGGAUGAGUUGGACCGCAUAGUGAAGUAAAAGCAGCCAACAAGUGCUCAGCAUGCAGUGGUUGCUCCACUAAAAGUUUAGCGAUUAUGCUGCGGUACUUAGAGGUAAUUUGUGGUUUAGUACGGUACCCUACGUCACCACUUCAUUGCUCCAGACCAGCGCAAGGAGGAGUUAGAGCGCUGAUUAUGCUUUUGGGUCCAACUGUGCUUGACAAUGAAUGGGUGACAUAAACCUAAAUAGAAACUGUUAAUUGUGCACGACUUCAGUAUUACUUACUAAAACUGUUGUUACACUAAGGUUUUUAUUUUGUUAGGAUUAUUUUGCUCUUACUGUAGUAGGGUAGGCCACUCCCGACCGGUCACGUUGUACAGUGUCUGAGUGGUGCAACGGUCUAAGAUACUGCAUAGCAGUGGAAGCUGUGUUGCUACAGAUGCUGGUUCAAUACCUGUGCCAACCUCGACUGGGAGACCCAUGAAAUGACUGUAGGUUUUUGGUUUCUCUCCCUCUAAAAACAGAAAUAAUUCUAAAUAACAAACUGGCUUUAUUUCCAAAUUAGUAACAUUGUCACAUCCCAUGUUCAAGAAUUGCCCUUUUCUCGCUCAUUUUACAGUAUUUGAAAACUAAAUCAUCUCCAAAAAAUUGUUUUACUUUUUUUUUUAAACAAACCGAUUAUUAUUUUAUAAUUAUUUUAAAGCCCCUUGGAUAUUCUCACAGAUAUAUUAUUAACCCUGUUAGUAGUUGGACACUAUAUAUUGUUCAUGUCUCCCGAGUGGUGCACAAUGGGAUUGCCUUGCAGUUCUCCAGCUGUAUCCACUGAAAGUUUUCAAGGCACGAGGGCAGGGGGCACGGGAUGGGCCACAGAGCCGCACACAGAGACGGACCUAGCCCAUGGGGAAGGGAGGAGAAGGGGGAGGGGUGGACCUCCACACUGGGUAGCACAGAGCAACACUUUAAGGGGCAUUGCACUAUUAAUGGCGCUGACUAAGGAAACGUUCCCGCUGUUCUUACUGCCAGUCUGCACGUUCAAACUAAAACAAUGUAACUAAUAAUGACAUCUUCAUGCUUUCGUUAAUAAAAUAAUGAUAAAAAUA